AUUUCGAAACCACCGCGGCCCAGGUCAUGGUCAUUUCGAAACCCGGACUUAAAACCAUGACAUUUCGAAACCCGGAAACAAUAUUUCCCAACUGUACGUUUUGUAUACCGUACGUUUAUCAUCAAGCCAUGGUAUCAGAUUCAUCAUGGAGUUGAUCAAGACCACACGUGGCGGUUAUAAACUCUGUUUUGAAGGGUAUACGUAUACCAAAGUGAAAGAGAAUCGAAUCACCAAACACUGGAAGUGUUCUGGUCGUCAUAAAUACAACUGUUUGGUAACGAUCAAAACGGACGUUAAUGUUUCUAGAAUAUUGAACGAAAAAAAAUACGACGACGCUCAUACACAUUGCCCAGACUAUGUCGCGAUCGAGGCGCUGAAGGUUCGAAACAGUAUAAAAGAAGAUUCGCGUACGAACAGACCGUCAGUGAUGGCGCCACCUUUAGCGAGGGGAUGAGGGGAUUUCCCCAAUUUUCCCACUGAAAGAAGUUACAACACACGUCAUCAAUUAAUACUUCCGGAGGAAGGAUGUCAAACAACACACGUCAACUUCUGAAUCAAAACCUAAUAGAUUCAUUCGAAUGUUAAUUUACUUUAAACAGUUGGGUGUAGUACGGUAGUGUUUAGCAUUUUCAUCCCUUUUCUUC